UGGGCUCCUGACUCAACCUUUCCCAGCCUUCUCCUUCAGAGAAUCUCCAGGGAGGCAGGGCCACUGGCAGCCUCCCCCACCGCUGACAGAGGGGCCCACCCCCAGGACUGGCCCAGAGCUGCUUGGGUCCCAACCUCCCUGACAAUUCCGUGCCCUUCUGCGAUGGCACCUUCCCAUUAACAACUAUGGAACAGACUCACCUGUCCCAUCUUUAAACGGCACCUCCAGGUCUGUCCUCUCUCCAGCUACCUACCACCUGGGAUUUCUUCGCCCGUAUUUUAUUUAUUUAUUUAUCUUUGAGGCAGUUUUAUUCCUCUUGCCCAGGCUGGAGCACAAUGGCAUGAUCUGUGCUCACCACAACCUCCGCCUCCCAGAUUCAAGUGAUUCUCCUGCCUCAACCUCCCAAGUAGCUGGGAUUGCAGGCGUGCGCCAUCACGCCCAGCUAACUUUUCGUAUUUUUAGUAGAGAUGGGGUUUCUCCACGUUGGUCAGGCUGGUCUCGAACUCCUGACCUCAUGUGAUAAGCCCACCUCUGCCUCCCAAAGUGCUGGGAUUUCACCACACCCAGCUUUAUUGUUUAACUCCAACUACGUGGAGCCCCGCUGCCCUGCUCCCUUCCACUUAGGCGUCCCCUGUCACUGAAGGCCCUGUCCUCUCAUGCUGUGUACACUGCCUAGGCCUCAGCAGUGCUUGGCCUGUGGCCCGCUCCCUCCUGCCGUUGCCUCUGUGACACUGUCCUACUGCUCCUCCACCUCCCUGGCCAUUGCAUGGGCCCCAUUUUCCGUGGCUCACCUGUCCCUACCCGAGCCUCCUACCCCACCAGGGGCCACCUUGCCAGGCCCACUGCACCAGGGUCUGAGCUUCCUCCCCUCUACCCAGUGCUAUGACGUCAUGUAUCCAAAAGUGAACAUUUCUCCUCCCUCGUCCCUGCUCCUGACGCGCCAUCUUCAUCUCCAACGCUGUCCUCCUGCCUGGUCCCGUGCUCUGUGGCCCGGCGUUAGCAGGACGGCCGAUCCCCGCGUUAGAGCGCUUUGAGUAGAACAGAUGGGGCCGCUCGUAUACCCCGCACAGGCGCCCUGCAAGAGGAGCGCGAGAACGGCGCCCCCAUCUACCCAGUUCCCCAAACCAAAAGCCCAGAGUCGCCCGCAGUCCCCUCCCUGGCGGCCUCGGGACCCAGCUCCGAGCGGGAGUCCCCACCAGACCUGGGGGGCAGGAGUGGGCGGGGCUUGAGACUGCCCCGUAAUGGGGGAGAGAGUUUCGGGGGACGGACCCCGAACCGUGGUUCAGGAUUGGGCAGCCCGGCCGGGAAGGGGCGGGCUUCCCGCCCGGAAGGGGCGUGACUCUUCGGAGGCGGCAAGUUGCAAGGAGUCGCCGCCGCCUUCAUGCUGCCCCGGGAGUGCUCGCGCCGGCUGGUGGCCGAGCUGCAGGGCGCCCUGGACGCCUGCGCAGAGCGACAGCUGCAGCUGGAGCAGAGCCUGCGCGUCUGUCGUCGGCUGCUGCAGGCCUGGGAACCAACCGGGACCCGGGCUUUGGAGCCACCUCCAGGGCCAGAAACUAAGGAAGAGGACCCGCCUCCAGGCACCUGUUGCGGCUGCCUGUGGCAUUCAGGAAGGUGGCUUCCCAGAACGCAAGGUGAGGCCAGGUCUUUGCCUAGGCAGGGGCAGAGGAGAACCGGGAGGCAUCACCAGCUCAGGGACAGGUUUGAGAGACUUUCCAGCGGGUCUCUGCUCUCUUUGCUAAGUGAGGUCACUGUGAUGUUGAAACUCUGUCAGCUGGUCAGCUCUAUCCCCUUUUCCCAGUCAGUGUCCUCUUGGUUCCCUGCGGCCUCUGGAGGCCCCUCCUGGCAUUCAGCAGAGCCAGACACCCAGCUUGGGGUCCCCACCCGGGCCCUUGCCUACCUCCCAGGGCCCAGCUUGCUGUCUGGUAUAACCAUGUCCCUCUGUUUCCUGGGGUGCCCCAUGUGUGCACCCAGCCUGUGGGCCCAGCUCCGUUCCAUGCAGACCACGGAUACUGCUGCUGCUAAAACCCGUUUCCUCCAGAACAUGCAGACAGCUUCAGGCGGGCCCCAGCCCAGGCUCAGCACUGAGGAGGUGGAGGCAGAGACGGGGCGCCUUUGGAAGGCCUGCUCGCUGCUGAGACUGCGUAUGAGGGAGGAGCUCUCAGCAGCCCCCACGGACUGGAUGCAGGAGUACCGCUGCCUGCUCACGCUGGAGGGGCUGCAGGCCAUGGUGGGCCAGUGCCUGCACAGGCUACAGGAGCUGCGUGCAGUUUUUCAGAGUGAAGAUACAUCAUUUGUCAAAAGAAAAGCCAGUCUUACAAAAGUCAUGCUUAAACACGGUAAAGAGAGCCCCCCACAGCCAGAGGGCCCCCCACAGAGGACUUCCUACCACGGUAGCAGAACAGCCACCAAGACCAUGUCCUGUGGGGAGGCCCCCCAGAACCUCGCCAUCCUGUGGGGGUGGAACAGAUCCUGCAUGGAGCCCCCAGCUGCUUGUCUACUCCAGCACCCAGGAGCUGCAGACCCUGGCAGCCCUCAGGCUUCGAGUGGCCAUGCUGGAACAGCAGAUCCACUUGGAAAAGGCUACUCCCGGGCACCCCAAGCUGCAGGAGCCGCUGACUCACUGGAAGCCCCAUCACACUGCGACUGUCCACUCCGCGGGUUUCCACAGCAAGGUGGACCCUACCCAGCCUUAUUUCACUGGCUGACUUGGUUUAACCCCCAUGCCUGCUGGAUGUGUGCCCCAGGAGGGCAGGCACGCUGUCCCCCUCCACCCCGGCCAGGCCCUGAUGAUCCACCUAUCCCGGGGCCCACCCAGGGCACGGUGGCUUCCUGGAGCAGGGGGGUGGCUGGGAUAGCUUUGUGGGGGCCCUGAGGAGGCCCUGACACAGGGGUCCAGGGCGGGAAAGAGACACCCUCCGACUAACGCCCACCCACCGCGAUUCCCCGCCAAAACCAGGAGGCAGCGCGAACUCCCGGGCGUCCGCGCUGGCGUCACCGCCUCUGUAGCCAAUGGGCUCUGAUGUGGCGGGCCCUGAAUGCCACUGGGACUGCGCGGGGCAUCCACACCACCCACCGAGCGCAGCCACCACGUAGGCGGCAUGAGCGCUCCGGAGCCCUCCAGGGCCCUUGCGCGCCCUGCUCUUGGCCGUGCUGCAUCCUGCCAUUCGGUGCCGUGGCCGCGCUGGCUGGUGCAGCCGCCAAGGCCAUCACCUCGCCGCGGGGACCCAGCCUGGACCCGGCCCAGGGCUCCUGACCGCCGUCUUCCUGUGCCGGCGCGCUUGGCGGCGGUGAAGGGCCGGGCGGGCGCAGUGCCAGGCGCGGUCGCAGAGGCCACCUCCUACACACCGCCCCCCGGCCCCAAACCGUUACUUCUGGAACCCCGUGGGCAGAGGAGGCCACCGGCCGUUUCCCUCCCUCCUUCUUCCUCCGUCCAACGUCGUAUUUCAGCUUUUGGCUUGGCAGGCAGAGCUGGCGCGACCACAGAGCUGGGCGGCGGCGGCGGGACGGCCUGGCGCGUGGGUGCUGGGUGUAGGGCUGCGGGCUGCGCCACACAACCCGCCGCUGCGAGCCCGCUGCGACCGCUCCUGGGGGCUGCCUCCGGAGCUCUGUUGUAAGCCCCCGCGGCAUAAUAGGCACUCAAUAAAUAUUUGUGCAACAGUUGAACAUGUGGUGGCUUGCAGGCGUCUGGGGGUGGACAGCAGGUUCUGGGCUAGGCGAGGAAUUACU